AAUUCCCUACACCAAGGACAAUAAUGAAAACUCCAUGCUGUACAUUAUAUACAUCCUCAUAGAACAUCUCCAACCAUGGCCCACCAGGCGCACGCUAUCCCCUGGCACACCCUAACAUCCAACCUCGUCUACCUCCACCGAACCCCCUGCAACCAAGGCACCACAAACCUCUACCUCCGCAAAACCAAAGAUCCGAACCAAGUAAAGCAAAUCCGGCACUUCGUCCGCGGCUUCGCCCGCGCGCUGUCCGCCUACGCCACCAUCGAGCGCACGAAAUAUACCCCGGAUCCAACGCCUCCAGAUGACCUGGAUGAGAUACUCAUAUCCGACGCUGCUGUCAGAAAGAUGGCAAAGACAGUGCUGAAGUACAAGACCGACGACAAUUGGAGCUUCAGGGGCCCAAGCGAGAACACCUUCACGCCCCCUCCCUCGCUCCCUCUCGACUCCAUCCUAACCCCCUACGAGCGCUCCGCCAAAUCCUUCGUCUGGAACACCAUGCCUGGCGAAGGCGACAUGUUCCCCGAGCUGCGCGAGACCUGCGAGCAGACGAAAGCUUUACUGAUGUACGGCGAGAUGGACACGCUUUUCCGCCUCGCUGCCCACGCCGACGUGUGGUUCUCCAGGAUGUGGUGCGAAGAGGGGUGGGCGAACUCGCACGGCUUCGGGCUUUCCAAACUGCUCGAUUCCACACUCCAAUCAUAUAUCGUUCUCAACGUUAUCUCUUUGCGGCCGGAAUUGUACGACAGAGCCAGCAGAUCCGCAUAUAUUGCGAAGGAGAAGGCGGCGCGCCGGACCACGUAUGCCGAAGCCGACUAUGACUACCGCCUGACAGCCGCGUACCAGGGGAUGCUGCUGUCCUGCACGGGUGUGCCGUACGGCUUCUGCUCCGACGCGCAUACGUUCCCGCACCGGGAGUUUUUUGGCGUAAAGCGUGGGAUGUACCGGCACAAUUACUCCGACACGCCCUUUGAGCGGUGGCAGAAGACCCAUCUCGGGACGCAGCGCGUGGAGGAACUCGUGUGCAGUGCGUUCAAGGGCGUGCAUGUCCCCGGCAAGGGGGACGUCGCAGCCGUAAUCAACAUGCUGGGCUCGAAAGGUCUGCCCGUUGAACUCGCGCUACAGAUCCUUGCUACAGCAGAGUACGAACCAGUAGGCAGGCUGCCCAUCAGGGACGACCCAUUUCACGCAGCCAACGCAGAGGAGCUGAAAAAGUAUAUAAGCUACUGCUGGAAGCUGCUCGUCCGUCUCGAGAUGCUGUACAAAGAGAGUGUCCACGGCCUGACGCUCGACUGGGAAGCUGAAGUGAGCCACGCGCUGUACAGGUUGUUCAACAUGGGAGGGCCUUCGCUUUUCACGAAUGUGUUCCCCGAGGACCACUACUAUUUUUCCUCAGUACGUCCUAGGAUACUUCUUGCAACCUGAUGGCGGGGAGGAAAAAAGACCAUGGCUCAUUGUGUGUUCAUCUUCAUCGAAGCGUUAAGUCAUUCCGGCUGGAAAGUAUGUCGAAAGUGACGGGAAGAUGGAGCUCCCUAAUUGGGAUUGAGAUCAUCGUUUCACCUACUUUGGCGCUCGUCUUGGAACGAUAGACCAAGCUCAAAAUUAGAGAAGCGUAAAGGUCAGACAGAGCAUGGACGGCGAGAUCUGACGGGAUACGCAAAGUCUGACCGAGAAGAGAUCGAGGUUAGGAUAGCAAUAUCGAUUCAAACGUAAAUGUCACGAUUAACCUUCAUGAUACAUCCAUCAAUACGAUCAAAUACCUUC